AUGUACUUUGUGACCUGGCCAUGGAAAGAAGAAAAUCCAGAACUACCGGAAAAUAGACAUCUUGCAUUCUCAAGGUUGAAAUCAAAUAUAGCAAGAAUGAAAAACAAGCCUGAGAUUCUUGAGAAAUACAACACCGUGAUACAGGAACAACUUAGCAAAGGUGUAAUUGAAAAGGUAGAUAACAACACGAAAAAUGGAACGAUACAUUAUAUUCCACACCAUGCUGUGAUUACUCCACAAAAAACUACAACGAAAUUACGUGUAGUGUAUGAUGCAUCUGCGAAAGUUAGAAAAGAGAACAAAAGUUUGAACGAAUGCUUGUAUCGAGGCCCAGUAAUACUAAGUGAUCUUUGUGGAUUAUUAAUGCGCUUCAGGUUACAUAAAGUGGCAGUGGUUUCAGAUAUAGAGAAGGCCUUUUUACAAAUCGGGCUACAAGAAAACCAGCGGGACGUGACAAGAUUUCUCUGGAUAAGAGACAUAAAACGGCCUUUUGUAAAUAAAGAAAAUGUACAGGAGUACAGAUUUUGUCGUGUUCCAUUUGGUGUUAUUUCCAGUCCUUUUUUGUUGGGAGCAACUAUUGAAAGUCACUUGGAAUCUUAUAACAACAGUAUUGCCAACAAAAUCAAAGAUGACAUCUACGUGGAUAAUGUGAUUACGGGCACUGACACAUGGCAAGAAGCACUUGACUUGUAUAGUAGAAAAUUUGACUGGGACGAUCCACUAGAAGAAAUCGAUAUUCUUGAUACCUGGUCGAGCGUGAAAAAGAACCUAGAAGAGAUAACAGCAUUCACAUUUUCUCGGUCCAUGGCAGUGUAUACGUGUAGGCAAAAUACUGAAUACACCUUAUUGUGUUUUUGUGAUGCAUCCGCAGACGCCUACGCUACGUCAAUAUAUCUUCAUCAAAAAGGUGAAUCAGACACACAAGUGAAUCUAGUGUUUGCUAAAAGCAGACUGGCUCCUUUAAAAGAAAUAACUAUACCCAGAUUAGAAUUGAUGGCUGUUCUUAUAGGUGUCCGAUGUUUGAAAUUUGUGCGUGAUCAACUGAAGUUAGAUAUUAAAAACAUGUACGUGUGGACGGAUUCUCAGUGUGUUAUUCAGUGGAUUAAAUCAUAUAAAGAUCUGCCCAUAUUCGUGAGAAACAGAGUUAGUGAAAUAAAGGCAGAUGAAAAAAUAAAGUUUGAAUAUAUUUCAGGAGAUCAGAAUCCGGCGGACGUAGCUUCUAGAGGUUGUUCCUUAACAAAACUUAGUGUUUUUGAAUUAUGGUGGAAUGGUCCAUGGUGGCUUCAUGAGCAAGAAAGCACUUGGUUGAAACACAGCGGCAACGUAUGUGAAAGAAAUUCCUGCGCAAAAGAGGAAAUAAAUGAUUCAGAAAAUGUUAUGAUACAAAUUUCUACCCGUGAAAAUAAAAAUUCUUGUGUGUUUUCAUCUCCUUUUGAAAUCGACAGUGAAAAAUAUUCUUCUGUUACAAAAAUGCUAAGAGUGACAGCUUUGGCUCUAAGAUUUAUACAAAAAAUACGCAAGUUACCUUACACAAAUGGAAGCUUGAAAAGUUCUGAAAUGAAAACUGCAGAAGAAAUGUGGUUACUACAUGUUCAAAGAAAACACUUUGCUGAUGAAUUUGAGUCAAUUAGAAGUGCAAAGAAAAACAAUCUGCAACAACAAUUAGGUCUUUAUAUUGAUGAAGUUGGACUACUGCGAUGCAAAGGCAGAUUAGAGAAUGCGGAUAUCAGUGAAAAUGCCAAACAUCCAGUACUUCUGCCAAGAAAAGAUCGUUUGACAUAUCUUUUCAUUGACAAAAUACACAAAGAAAUUCUGCAUAGUGGUGUUUCCCAAACGUUAGCAAAAACAAGACAAAGAUUCUGGAUUCCACAUGGUCGAGCAACAAUAAAGUCUGUUCUACAUAUGUGUACAGUGUGUCGCCGCUUUGACGGAGGUCCUUAUAAGAUGCCGCCGAUGCCGUCUUUACCUCCAUCUAGAGUGACAGAAUGUAGGCCAUUUUCACGAACAGGUUUAGAUUACUUGGGUCCUAUCUAUGUGAAAUCAAAUGAUACACCAAAGAAAGUGUGGGUUUGUUUAUUCACCUGUCUCGUGACUAGAGCCGUGCAUCUUGAAGUCGUGCUUGAUAUGUCUACUGAAGAAUUUUUAAUGUGCCUGAGACGAUUUAUUUCUCAAAGAGGCACCCCUGUUCAGUUGAUCAGUGAUAAUGGUUCGCAUUUCAAAGCUGCCAGUUCAAUAUUAGAUCGAAUAUGGAACAGAACGCUCCAUAGUGAUGAAGUUCAAACGUAUGCGUCUAACUCCAGAAUCACUUGGAAUUUCAUUACGGAACUUGCUCCGUGGAUGGGAGGCUAUUACGAGAGACUCUGCGAUACGUGUAAUAAAUAUUACAAAAAUAUGAGAAAUCUAAAACGACACAUUAAAGAAAAGCACACAGCAAUAGAGUUCUGGAACUGUACAGAAAAUAAUUGUUCAUCGAAAUUUAUCAGGAGAAGCUAUCUCAGCAAACAUUUGAUAUUGACACAUAAACAUGAUGCAGCAACGGCGAGGGAAAAGGCGUGUUGUGCACUUAGAGGGGAUAUUAAAGAACAUGGGUAUUAUGAAGAAAUUAGUGAUGAUGAAAGCAUCUUUAGCUUACUGGCAGAACAAAAUGGAGAGCUUCAAGAACGUGACUUUGUUGGAACUGUUAGCGAUUAUAACUUAUCAUUACUUCAAGCAGAUACACAUGUUGACAACAAAGAGAACAACGACGAAACUGACAUGUGUUCCAAUCAUGAUGAAUCAGAAGUGAAUGAAUUACUAGUAGAUAAAAUUGAAAAAGAGUGUCACCAUGGAGAAAGUGAAGUGAUUGUUCAGAGUGUAUCUGAUUCUGUUGAUACUGAAGAAUUAGGUCAACAGAUAAAUAAUGAUAACACAUUUCAAAAAAUGGAUGCUGAUGAACUGGAUUAUAGUGACAUCAGCAGUGUUACAGAGGACGUUCGUGACGUCACGAGUACAAAUAAUAAUGACGUCAUAAGUGAAACUGAUAAUAAGAUCGACAAUGUAGUUGAGUCUGAUGAUGUCAACAGUGUUCGUGAUGUCAUUAGUAGAAGUGAUGAUGCCAUUACUAGUGAUAGUGAUAUAAAUGAAAGUGAUGACUGUAUAGUCAUAGAAGAAAGGUCUUAUGGAGAUAUAAGUGAAAACAGUGCUGAUGAAUAUCUCAAAGAAGAAGAGAUAUCCACGGCAUUAGUGCCCUCAAAUGUCACAACCCGAACACAAACGUUGAUAUUAACUUUUACGAAGAAAACAUAUUACAUUGGUGAUGAAGAAGUGGAUUCUGUAAUAACAGCUGAACAAGAGUACAUAGAUGACUUUGAGUAA